GGACCAGAAUGCCAACUGAGUCUGGAACAGCUGCACUCUGGAAACAGCAGACAUCAUCAAAAUUUCUAAAUAUUUAACUGGAACAAGAAAAUUGCUGACCUGCUCUCAGCAAACAAUGGAGUUUUUGAAGAUUCACACAGAGAAAGAAGGAACAGCUGAUGGCUUCAGAAUCCACGGUCCCAGAGCAGGCAAAAGAACAUCUGAUAAAGGGAAAAAGGCGUCAGCAACAGCAGCAGCAGCAGCAAACUAGGUCUUCCAACAGAGUUGAAGAUGACAUCUUUGUAUUUGAGGCAAAUGAGGCUUGGAAGGAUUUUCACAGCUCUCUUCUUCACUUCUUUGAAGCUGGAGAGCUCUGUGAUAUUACACUGAAGGUUGGUUCAAAGCUUAUCUCCUGCCACAAACUGGUGCUAGCUUGUGUUAUACCUUACUUCAGAGCCAUGUUUCUUUCGGAAAUGGCUGAAGCCAAGCAGACAUUGAUCGAGAUCAGGGACUUUGAUGGCGAUGCAAUAGAAGACCUAGUGAAGUUUGUAUACUCCUCCCGGCUUACUCUAACGGUGGAUAAUGUCCAGCCUCUUUUGUACGCUGCUUGCAUUCUUCAGGUGGAACUGGUAGCAAAGGCGUGCUGUGAAUACAUGAAGCUGCACUUUCAUCCCUCCAACUGUCUGGCAGUCAGGGCAUUUGCAGAGAGUCACAACCGCAUUGACUUGAUGGACAUGGCCGAUCAAUAUGCUUGCGAACAUUUUACAGAAGUGGUGGAGUGUGAAGACUUUGUGAGCGUGUCACCACAGCACCUCUAUAAACUCCUGUCCUCUAGUGACCUGAAUAUUGAAAAUGAAAAGCAGGUUUACAAUGCUGCUAUCAAGUGGCUGCUAGCCAAUCCACAGCAUCAUGCUACAUGGCUGGAUGAAAUACUUGCGCAGGUUCUGCUGCCUCUCUUGCCCAUUUGUUUCCUUAUGGGUGUUGUGGCAAAGGAAGAGAUUGUCAAGCAGAAUCUAAAAUGUAGGGAUUUGCUGGAUGAAGCAAGAAACUACCACCUUCACCUGAGCAGCAGGGCAGUGCCAGACUUUGAGUACUCCAUUCGCACAACACCAAGGAAGCAGACUGCUGGUGUGCUGUUCUGUGUCGGUGGUAGAGGUGGAUCAGGUGACCCAUUUCGCAGCAUUGAGUGUUACUCUAUCAGUAAGAACAACUGGUUCUUCGGCCCUGAAAUGAACAGCAGGAGAAGGCAUGUGGGUGUGAUCUCUGUGGGAGGUAAAGUCUAUGCAGUAGGUGGACAUGAUGGAAAUGAACACUUAGGAAGCAUGGAAGUAUUUGAUCCUCUCACAAACAAGUGGAUGAUGAAGGCAUCAAUGAACACGAAGCGGAGAGGAAUUGCUCUUGCCUCCCUUGGUGGCCCCAUUUACGCAAUAGGAGGUUUAGAUGACAACACUUGCUUCAGCGAUGUGGAAAGAUACGAUGUUGAUUCUGACCGCUGGAGUGCAGUCGCCCCAAUGAACACGCCCAGGGGAGGAGUUGGCUCCGUAGCCCUUGUGAGCCAUGUUUAUGCUGUGGGUGGCAAUGACGGUGUAGCAUCUCUUUCCAGUGUGGAGAAAUAUGAUCCCCAUUUGGAUAAGUGGAUGGAAGUGAAAGAGAUGGGUCAGCGAAGAGCUGGCAACGGUGUCAGCGAGCUCCAUGGCUGCUUGUAUGUUGUCGGCGGCUUUGAUGACAACUCUCCACUGAGCUCGGUGGAGCGGUUUGACCCACGCAGUAACAAAUGGGAAUACGUAGCAGAGCUUACAACUCCAAGGGGUGGCGUUGGCAUAGCGACACUGAUGGGUAAAAUUUUUGCAGUUGGAGGUCAUAACGGCAAUGCGUACCUGAAUACGGUGGAAGCAUUUGAUCCCAUAGUGAAUAGGUGGGAACUCGUUGGCUCUGUGUCACACUGCAGGGCAGGGGCAGGCGUGGCUGUGUGCGCUUGUCUCAGCAGCCAGAUCCGGGACGUGGGCCAGGGAUCCAGCAAUGUUGUUGACUGUAUGUGAGCUCUGCUGCCUCUUCCAGAUUCCAGAGGAAUGAUAUUAGGGAGGCACCGCAGAACUUUGAAGCACUGUGUUUUGUAUGGUAGGUUAAGAAAUAAAACCAAUACUGCAGCCAAGAGCUGCAGUCAUCCCAUUUUUGAGAAGUUGUAAUUUCAGAAUCAUCUGAGGCAGCUGUUGCAGGGACUCAUUAUUGAACUGUGAGGAAAGAGAGCAGCAGUUAAGUGCUUGCCCAACAGCCCUGCUACAUGUUUUCUGGAGGACUCGAGUGCCGUUUAAUAUAACUUAUUUUCAGGAAUGUAGUCUUAAACAUUUCUUGAUUGUACAAGAGCUUUGUAACACAAGUUUUAGAAGGUAACAACUAAAAGAUAACUGGAACAGAGAAGUUCACUGCCCACCUCCCAAGGGACUGCUGUUAGCAGUGGAAGCCGCAGGUACUCAGUCUGAAACCCGCCUUUCAAAGUACUUUCUCAAGCUAAUACACUUGUUAGAAAGCUGAAAAGAUUCUUGGCCUGAGUUUAGCCACUGGAAUACUGGAACACUCAAGUCUUCAAUUAAAUCUGUUGUAUCUAUCCCCUCCUCAAAAGGCAAUUUCUGUUGAGAGGUCAUUCCUGAAGUAACCAGUGUAAUUUGUCCUACUUUGAGAUGAUAGUGUGUGGGCUUCACACAUAGCUGGAGGCUUCAGUGGUGUCUGAAUCAGAAAAUGGAAACACAUAAUAGAAGUUGCAGUAUUCUGCAAAGACCUUUAAAUACAACUCUAGGAGAAGACAUCUCCAAUUUCAGUACGCAGUAGCAACUCUGUGGUAAUUCUAGAGGUACUGGCUCUUUUAAGACAGUUAAGCCAGGAAGAUAUAGCCUCAAAACAGGUUGAUGACUUAAAGCUUACCUAAACCAAAGAGAAUCAGCAAUAAAAAGAACUGGAAAUAAACCAGUACUUACAUCAAAAAUUGAAAUAGGAACUUGACAGUCCUAUGUACAAAGGCAUCUUUUUAUGCAGUCAGAAACCCCGAAUUUCAAGUAAACUUCAGCUGGAAAAGGCUGCAGAUUCCUGUUCCUGCAUCACAUUGAGCAGACCGGCAACUGACAAUCCUUUGUGACCAAAGUUUCACCUUACCAGGUUGUUGCAGGUGACCAGGGAGAGCAGCAAACUUCUCUGCAUUCAGUACCAGGGAAGGGUCAGGAUAGUAGGAGCACAAGGCACAGUCAUGUUUUGCUGUUGAGUUACUGUCACUUAGCUUUUCUGUUUUGAAUGGCUUGCACUUUGAUAGCACCCAGGAACAAAGUGAAUGGUACUGUAAAUAAUGAAACAUUGCAAUAAAACAUUUGUAUUUCAACACACCUGGUAUUACUGGAGCAUGCUAUUGUAGAAAUAGGGAAACAUUACAACUUUGGGUGGUUUUUUGUUUCUGCAGAGUAUAAUUCUCAACAAAAAGCCUUUGUCAGCAGGGAAAAUCCUGCUUUGCAGCCGUGACCCGUACUGCCCUGCUACCACCCUUGCCUCUGUGCAAGGAUGUGGUCACCCUUGUGGUACUUCUGGCUCUUAACCUGGCUAGGAGGGGUGGAAAGAAGAGGUGCAGGUUCCCUCUCUGGAACCGAAUAGGGUCGACGUCCUGGCUAGCAACAAGAAAACUUGAGGAGGGAAAAAAAAAAAAAAAGCAAUUUUUCCACAAAGAAACACUGGCAGCUGGUAACAUUCCUCUGCUUGGUGGGACAGUGCUAGUACCAUGGGGGCCAACCUGUGCGUAACUCACACACUCCUGGACCUGUUCCGAGGGGAAGUAAGGGUACAGCGAAUGCACUGGGAUUCUGGGCAGCAUGGGAGGAGCUCUGCUGUUGACCCCGUAGCUGGAAGUCAAAUGGUACUAGGUCUGAGUACUAAGUCAUUACAGUUUGUUGCCACAGUAAUCUUUUUUUUUUUUUUUUGAUACUUUGACAUUAUUAUCACAUUACUAGCAAUAGCAUUUCUAAAAAACAGUUCUGCACAAAAUAUUUGUAGUUCUGGUGCCAUCUAAGAUUAAUAGUGGCCACCAUUAUAGUGGCAACAGGAUAAUGAUGAUAAAGAAGUAACACCCGCCCCCCGCACCGAGGCUGAGGGAACAGAGCAGCCCAUCCUGGCUCCCCAUGGUGAGGCAGCCAGCCUGGGGCUGGCUCCCACUGCAUCUUCUAAUUUAAAACUAAACCAGGAUUUGUGAUAGCGAAGUCUUUAAACAUGAAAUCAUUGCAUCUAAACAUGAUGCACAUCUGAUCCCAAAUGUGGAAUUGUUAUUGCUUCUGUUAAUGUUGUUUUUCCUGCAUCUAAAAGCCUUGACCUCACCCAUAAAAAUCAUAAACCCAUUAGAGCAUCCUUUAAACACAAAGAAAAAAACAUUUUUGAAGAAUCAAGCGUGGUCACAGUUACUCAGAUCAACGCUUCCAGCCUGCUGAUUUUAACCACGUCAUGGGCUUCUGGAAGCAAGACCAAGACUCUGGACCACUCCUGACCAGCCCCCUUGGCCAUGCCGCUCCAGUCACACGCGUACAGCCAGCACUUACCCUGCUGCCUGCUCACCCCACUGCCGCCCCAGCUUCCAGGAGACGCCACCUCCCCGUCUCAGCUCUCCCACAGCAGCCCUCAUGCACCACACUGCUCCUCAUCUCAGGACUUGGACUGGGGCUUCCCAGUUCCUCCCAAAUCAUACCCCUGCCAAAGGCAGCGCAUAAGCUGCUGUGCUGCCCACAGCCAUGUUUGUCUUUGGGAAAUUUUGGUCUGAGCACUUUUAUGCAUGGAAGAGCAAUACAAAAUAACCCUUUAAGUUAGAUUUCUGAUUGCUACAUUAAAACAGUAAUUUCUGAUUUCAUUUUUUUCAGGACACACCCUAAUAUCCUAAUGCAAGGAUCUUGCAUCUAUUAGUGUUUAUUUCAAGUUUGUAAAAUACGUCCAUUCAAAAUAAUCUUAAAAUUCCUACCUUAUUACUUACGCUCAGAGGGGAUUGUGAGAAUUUGGCUAUGCUUUCACAGCUUUGAAUACUUUUUAAUACUGCUGUUCCCCAAAGGCACCUCAUUCCUAACAGAAAACUGCUUGGAUGAGACAUCCUGCUGACAUAUUCUGAUGUAGAUGCAAGACUUUAGAAGCCGCUGCACAUGCUACUUGCGUAUUUCAAAACGUAAACAAGAGAUAUGCAUGCAUUCACAGUCCCACCAGAAAGACUACAGACUUUCCUCCCAUUUAAACAGCAGCUGAGAGAAAAUUAUUUCAGUGAAAUGUCCGCCUGUAGAGGGGGAUGCAGCCUUGCAAGUAACCGAUCCUUUGGCGCAGAGGGCUUUGCGCACACCCUGUAUUUGUGCAACAGGCAAUCCCCAAACGGCCUUGGGCUGCUGCGCCCACAGAGGCAGGAGGUAACCCUGCUCCCAGCCAGGCGCUGGAGGGAUCCAUGCCUGCCUCUGGGAUCUUCCUUCAGGUCCGGUGGGAUUUGGGGGCAGUUAUUCCAGUGUCGGUGUUGUGAACUCUUGUAGCAUGCAUGCAUAUAGGGCAGACUGAACGUGUCAGAAGCAAUUUAUUCAUCAAAAGCAAGGAUCUGGUAACGCUUCUUUUUUUAGAGCCAUGGGAAGGUAAUUAAAUAAAAGCACAAUUGCCUCUGUGCAAUUGGCCUCUUCCUCUAUGCUUGGUCUGACUGCAUUCAAGUGCCGGCAACAGAGUCGCAGACAGUCCAGCAGCAAGGCAGCUAUCAAAGCCCCAAGAAAUGUUAUGAGAUCGCUUUGCUCUCCUGAACUUUUGUGCACACUUGCCUAAAAUCAGGCUACCUUCCUGUGUCCCACCUGCACUACCUCAGCUCUGUGUCUUACCUCUGCUUGCAU